CCCGAGCCAGGAUUCCCAGGGACCAUCUGCCCAAGUCUGGGCGCUCCUCUCCAGAGCCAGCGUUUCGACUUAGAGGCUGUGCUGUCGGGUGACCCAUCUCAAGAAGUGGGGACCUCCUCCCUAGGGUGUGGACCCUCCUACUGGGACACUCACCCACUUACCCGCUUCCAAAAUCCUUUUUGCCAGGAACCACUCCCAGGACCUGGGUGCCCCUCCCUGCAGAGCCGGAACGCCAUUGAUCUAGAAGCUGUGGGGUGGGGGCCCCCUAUGGAUUCUGGGGGAAUCCCUGGGUGGAGCUGGGAGAUCCUCUUCUCUGGACCCAGGAUCCCUCGUUAAACCAAGGCCUGGGGUUCCUGAUUCCCAAAGAAGGCCCCUGUCAAACGUUCCGCCAGUACCCCUCCCCAGUGUUCACGGAACCAGUUCUUCCCUGGGUUAGGGGUUCUGGUGGUGUUUGCAGAUGAAGGGGUGUGAAUGCAUCCCAGGAAGGAGAAGACUUGGGGUGGGGUCAGGUUGGGAAUCUUAGGUCUUAGGCAUGUCCCUACCUUGCUCUAAACCUCAGUCCCCUGCCCUCAGGCCAUAUAGUCAGUCAGGAGCAAAACAGGGGCAAGAGAGAGCAAGUCUAUGCCCCAGCACUGUGCAAUGUGGCUGAGGAGGAUGUUGGCCUCUCUGGCUGCCCUAGCCACCUCCUCUGGGGGAAGGCAGACCCUACUAUACCUGUCUGCAAAAUGGGCAGAGGGAGGAAGCAGCUCAGACCUGGCUCCCCACCCACAGCCCCCUCUUUUCCAGCACUGCACACACUAGAUGCUUUGCUUACAGACUUGCAGCCUUGUCCCAGCAGCCCCCAGGUGUGGGAGCUGUGGCCUGACCAGCUGUGGAAACCAAGGCGUAUUGGGCAUGGGGUGGGGCAGGAAGGGGCCCUGUAGACACUUCCCUUUCCCUGUGACUCAAGGGAAAUUGGGUCUGGUCUCACCCUACUCUCCCUGGUCCCGUUCACUGGUGGGUUCCUUAAGAUACUGGCAGCGUGAAGCUUGUGGAGCUGCUUUGUGACCUCCAGUGAGGCCCUGCCCCUCUCUGAGCCUCUGGGGACCCAUCUGUGAAAUGGACUGAGGGCACUGGCUCAGUAUGAGACUCCCUAUCCCCCCAGGGUCACUUUAUUCUCCACCUCCUCCUGGGAUUAUGGCCUCCUGUCCUCUUUCUAGGCUCCACUUGGCCCUGGGAGAAGGUCCCAACCCCUCAUUUCAGACCCAUAGACCCCUCCUCCAGGCAGCCCCCCAGGCUGAUCACUCAGUGAACAGCCUCUACCCAUCUCUUUAGACCUUCUCUGACCCUUAUCACUGGUUGACCGUGUCUGGUUAUGGCCGCCGACACGGGGUGUGCUGAGGCCUCUGGGAGGUUCCUGCGUGGCCUGAGCCAGACUCAAAAGGGGUUGGCCAAGUUAGGGAGUGGGUUCGAGCAGCAGUGCAUACUGCUGCCACCAGAGGGCGCAGGCGUCCCACAGAUCAUGAGCAGGCAGCUCCCAACUGUAAGGAAACUAAGGCCCAGAGAGGGGCCAUAGCCCCAAAGGCACACCGUAGCACUGGACCCUGGGAUGCCAUUAGCUUCUCCGGUACUCGGCCCAGUCUGUGAGGGGACGAGCUAGGCCUAUAGGGCAAGUAGGAGUUGGAGGAGGCGGGGCGGGGGGAGGGGGGACGAUGUUGAAAGAUGGGAAAGAAACGACGGGUUGUAGGAGCAACUUGGGUGAAAGCGCUGAGGCGCAGCCGAGUGGCAGUGUGCCGGGAGCGGGUUGCUGAUCCAAGAGGCUCUGGGAGGAGUCAAGCUACACAGUGCUUCAUGCACAACCCUCUGAGAUCGGGACUGAUUUUCUUCUGGCUCUACAAACGUGGAAACUCAGACUCCAAGAGACUGUCACUAGCUCGGGUCAGCCAGCUGAGCGGGUUUCGAAUCAGAGGAGGGGGCAGCAGGUGCCCUAGUGGAAAGAGGCCGCAUCCACUUCUUCCUUCCUCCUCCAUUGCACAGAAGGGGAGAAACUGAGGUCCGAGGUAGUCCUAGGCGCUCAGGCUCCGGCCAGGGUCAGACCGUUCCACACUUCUCCAGCUAGGGCUGGUCAUGCCUCGAGUCACGUCUGCAAGUGGCGACCGGUUGAUGAUUAAACCGAUGGGUAGAAUGCUUUUGCUAGGUGACCUCAGGCUCAGGUCUCGCCUCCAGGCUUCAGUUUUUCCUCUUUACCUAGGGAGUCUGAGAUACGUGCUCUUGCCCUCGGUGCUUCCGUUUCACCCCAUGGUCAAUGAGGGUAGAGGGCAGCCGGCCGAGAGCUGGGGAGUUUGUUAUUUUGCUCCAUGCCUGGGCGGAGCCACGCCUCUCGCCGCGCCAUUGGCGUAUUCACUUCCGGGGGCGUGCCCUGCGUCUCGCCCCGCCUCUGCCUGCCGUAUAAAGGCAGCGCCGGCGCCAACCGUGAGGAGUCUCCGGCCUGGUUGGUAAAUGCGCUUGCGCGCGCCAGGUUGAUUCGCGUCCUUAGGCUGUAGCGUACGCACUUCGCGCCGCCAAGUCGCGGGUUCGAAGCCAGGUUCCGGACCCCUAGAGUUCGCUUCCCGGGCGCGAUGCUAUUUGACAAGGUGAAAGCGUUCGUGGUGCAGCUGGAUGGCUCGAGCGCAGGCGCCGAUCCGGUGUUCAGCGGCGGCCAGACCGUGGCUGGCCGGGUGCUACUGGAGCUGUCGGGCCCGGCGCGCGUGGGCUCCCUGAAGCUACACGCUCGGGGCCGCGCCCACGUACACUGGACCGAGUCCCGCAGCGCGGGCUCGAGCACCGCGUACACGCAGAGCUACAGCGAGCGCGUGGAGAUUGUGAGCCACCGUACCAUGCUACUCACGCCAGACACUGGAGAGAUCACAACACUGCCUCCUGGGCGCCAUGAGUUCCCAUUCAGCUUCCAGCUGCCACCGACGCUAGUGACUUCAUUUGAAGGCAAACAUGGCAGUGUCCGAUACUGCAUCAAGGCCACCCUGCACCGGCCCUGGAUCCCUGCCUGUCGGACAAGGAAGGUGUUUACUGUUAUUGAGCCUGUGGACAUCAACACACCUGCUCUGCUGGCCCCUCAAGCAGGAGCUCAGGAGAAAAUUGCCCGAUCCUGGUACAGCAACAGUGGCCUUGUCUCCCUUUCAGCCAAGAUCGACCGCAAGGGCUACACGCCAGGUGAGGUCAUCCCAGUGUUUGCCGAGAUCGACAACAGCUCCACGCGCCCAGUGCUGCCUCGGGCGGCUGUGGUCCAGACACAGACCUUCAUGGCACGAGGUGCCCGCAAACAGAAACGAGCAGUGGUGGCUAGCCUCUCGGGAGAGCCUGUGGGCCCCGGGCGGCGGGUGCUGUGGCAGGGCCGGGCGCUGCGGAUCCCACCUGUGGGUCCUUCUAUCCUGCACUGCCGUGUACUACAUGUGGACUACGCCCUCAAGGUCUGUGUAGACAUCCCAGGCUCAUCCAAGCUGCUCUUGGAACUGCCGCUGGUCAUUGGCACCAUCCCUCUGCAUCCUUUUGGCAGCCGCUCGUCCAGCGUGGGCAGCCAUGCCAGCUUCCUGCUGGACUGGGGGCUGGGGGUCCUGCCAGAGCAACCUGAAGCCCCUCCCGAGUACUCAGAGGUGGUGGCCGUGGAGCAGAGCCCCUUCCCACUACUCCAGGACACUGACAUGAGUGUUGAAGGCCCCUUCUUUACCUACAUCCAAGAGUUCCGCUUCCGCCCUCCACCCUUGUACUCUGAGGAGGAUCCAAACCCGCCCUCAGAGGCCAUGAGGCCACACUGCAGGACCUGCUGAGGGACCAGUGGAGACUUCAAGGGAUGAGGCUGCACAUGUGCUUUGAGCCCCUAUGGCCAUGAGGAGUGGCUGGAUUAAGAGCAUACCCACCUGAGUGCACUGAAGUUGGGGAAACCGAGUCUCAGAAGUGGGCAGGGCUGUUCCAACAUCACACAGAACAGAGGAAGAGCCAAUCUGGAAUCUGACAAAUCUGGACCCGUCCUCAUAACGUAUCAGAUGCCCAGCGUGGGAUCCGAGACUGUUCAACCUGUCUGUGCUGACCUGUGAGCAGGGACGGUGUCCCCUAGAAGCCUCUAGUCUGGGAGGAACAGAACCAGACAGAAAUACUUCCAGUCCUGUGGGACCAGAGGAAGGGACCCUGAUCUGGGAAAGUCCAAAGGGGAAGCAAAGAAGGCUUCCUGGAGGAAAGGGCAUUUUAGAUGAGGCUUUGGCCUAUGAAUAAGAGCUCGGCAUGCGGGCAGGCAAGAAGGAAAAGUCGAAGAAGGUCAGAGCUGAGUGAUGUUUGGAGACUGCCCCCUUCAUCUUAGAACUGGGGCUCAGAAAGCAAGUACCUCAAUCGAGGCCACACUGCAAGGUCUGGCAGGUGAGAGGGCACAGGAAUGAGGCAUUCAGGGAAGCAAGUCAUUGGAGCUGUGUGGGGCCUGUGGGUGGCAGGGGCAGCAACUCUAGCCUUUGAAACCUUUGAAAGCCAGUGAUUCCCAGCCUAGGCUGGGCUGCGCAGGGGCCCCUCCACACACUCCAUUGCAUACUCCUGGGUACUGCAUGGACCAAGAAACCCGGGUUCAGAGUGGGACAGACAAGACCAGCUGUAUAACUUGCAAAAUGAAGAUGUGGGGCCCAUUGUUCAAGGAUUAAGAAUUUCAAGAUGGACAGCACAGCAUUAAACUAGGCUAGGGGGACAGAGGUCAGCCUGGGGUGACACAGAAGGGCCAGGGUGUUUCUGGACACCCCCCGUGUCCUGGAGGAGCAAAACAUGAUGGGGCAGAGCCCCCAAGGGCAGAGUCCCAGCCCGGCUGGGGCAGGGCCCCCGCCUGGGACUCUGCAUUUCUGACAAGCCUUAAAUUGUCCUCUUUUGUACAAUUUUUUAAAAAUAAAAGCAUGGGGGAAGAGA